AUGAGGGUUUGUGAAAAGGCAGUCUUGGCGGUUGAAGUCAUCUGGUUUGCCUGCCACAUGGCGAGGCUGAUCAGCCACCCGGAUUGGGAGGGGGGGAACAAGCGAGCCGCACAGCCAAUAGGCGUCGCCGACCAAGCGUGGAAGGCGGGACUCUGCCGCGAAAGCCUCGAUUGUGAUUGGCGGGCUGGAGGAGGGGGGCGUGGCCUGGCGGGCAAGGACCGGCUGAUGGAAGCGGCGAUGGAGGAGAACGAGGAGGCGCCGCCGCCGAGGCGGUGGGAGGCCGGGGCCCAGCCGGGGCCGAGCGGCAACACGGGGCACAGGGACAAGAAGAGAAGCAGGGAAGCAUUGACGGAAAAACGGGGGCCGUACAUCAUGAGCAAAAUUCCUUCCCUCCAAGACAAGCUGCAAAAGCAUCGGGAGAUGGCAAAGGCGAUGCUGCGGAGAAAAGGCGUCCUGGGGGGAACCUCCCGGCACCAACCCAAACCAGUGGCCAAGAGGUCAGUAAAGUUCAAUAAGGGCUACGCUGCUCUCAGCCAGUCCUUGGAUGAAACCCUGGUGUCUGUGGAGUCAGACAGCGACGGGGAGCUGGAAUCGCGAUGUUCCUCCGGUUACUCCUCUGCGGAGGUGAACCAAGAUCUCAGCCGCCAGCUGCUGCGGGAUGGGUAUCACCUGGACGAAGUCCCCGACGACGAAGACCUGGACCUCAUUCCUCCCAAGCCCGUCUCGUCCUCGCCGUGCUCCUGCUGCUUCGGCGAGUCCGCCUCUUGCUCCAUCCAGUGAAAGGGUUACGCAGCGCAGGUUAAGACACCAGCGCCUUUUUGCCCCAGUUCUUUUCGGGGGGGGACUCGCGGACGUCCGACGGAGGCAGCUGAACCCGUCUCCGAACACUGGGUCAAAGCUGCUCGGCGGGCGGGCAGAACAGCGUCUGGUCGCACCUUCUGGUUCUUCCUGGGGAAGCUGAGCGUUCCCCCCUAAACUAUUUCUGCAAUACACUAUCGGACUGCUGGGGAAGCCGGCCUACCGGUUAUAUUGCCGCGGGUUGUGUCUUCGUGGGAGAAAAGCCGCCCGGUCGACAGGAGAAGAGAUCCGGCUCAGUCCGUUCAAAGGCAAGCUGCGAUCUCUUCGAUAAAAGGAGACACGGAGUCGAGGCAACUUUGGAUUCUCUAAUUUGGAGUUGUAGGAGGAGGGAUGUGGGGGGAGAGACCACCGUGUAGCAGACGAGUAAGCGAACUUUACAAGGAAGCAGUCUGAGCCUGGAAGUAAUUGGCGGGCGGGGCAGGAUGGAAGGGAAGAAAGCCAGGGGCUGUUCGUAAAAGGCCGUUUCUCAUGUUUGUGUUAGCCAGGGGUCUUCAAACUAUGGCCCUCCAGAUGUUCAUGGACUACAAUUCCCAUCAGCCCCUGCCAGCAUGGCCAAGUGGUAGGGCUCAUGGGAACUGUAGUCUAUGAACAUCUGGAGGGCCAUAGUUUGAAGACCCCUGGUUAGCUCUGGGCAGCUCAUAAGGGUAACAAGAACCCUUUUCCAUGUGAAGUUAAUGACACUAGGGCCGUGAGAGCCUAGACUUGCCUUCCCUUUACUCCCGAGUAAGGAGAGAGGGGUGGUUUCAUCACGAUCAGUUAGUUCUUCUUGGAUGAAGGAGUGUUCUGGGGUGAGCUUUUCUUGCUGUUGACGCUGCUGGCGUCCCCCCUUCUUCACGGUGACUUGCACUGCCUUAUACUGAGGUCAUCUUGUAUUGGAGGGAGAGCAGGAGAGAAGAUUUAAUGUUUGUGUUUACUUGCUAACUACGUUGGCCUCUGGGGGGGGGACUUCUGGAUAUUGCCUCUGGAAAUGACACUACAGCUUCCAGGUUUGCCCGAAGCUCUUUUUCUAAAAUCCCACUGAUACGUGGGUUAUGAAAACGCCCCCGGGCUGUUUCUCUAAGCACCCCACGGCAGCCAAAGGCCUGUCUUUCUCUGCCUGGGCCAGUGCUGUUAAUUGUAUAUUGCCAGAAGACAACCCGUCCCUUUCGGGGCCACGGGAUCUUAAAAAAAACAGACCCCCUGGUUAAAUCUGGCUCUGCAAAAUUCCCUUCAGGGCGCUCUGCCAGUACUUAUCAAAGGUCAGAAUGGGGGGUUCUGAGCCCCCCCCCCCAGAUAAACCCCUUGCUCCACUGGGAAAUAAGGUCAAGCAAGGGAUGAAGACAAACAGCCCUUGCAGCCCAUAUAUGCACUACGACGUACUUUGCAGAGCGGGUCCCUUUCGUUGCUGCCUGAUUUCUUAUUUAUUUACGUGCUGCACGCAGUGUUUCCUUUGCCUGCAAAGCCUCCCAGGGACAGAAAGCAGAGACCUCCGCAACUAUUUGAAGCCUCCUUGCAAUAAACUGAUAGCUAGUGAGAUUUGGGGGUGGGGGGGGGAGAAGAGGGGGUGGAAGUACGAAGCAGGUGGGCAGAGACUCUGCGGAUGGAGGUGUGCACAGGGCUGCUGGAGUUGGAGAUCCAGGGCUGGGGAGGGUGACUCGCCGUCUCUUCCAGGAGAGGCCGAACAAGCUGCCUUAAAUAUACUGAAAUGCACAGAGGACAAUCUUACUAGAUAUUUAAUACUAUUGUAUAUUCAGAGGAUUAUUGCUUUUAUAUAUAUAUAUAUCACGACUAAGGGAAUUAUAUCAGUAAAAUUCCGUCUUGUAUCGCA